GCAAGCGGAAGGAGCGGCGACAGAAAGAAGGCCUCUCCUGCGGCCAGUGCGGGCGCUCCGGACCACAGCGGACCACGGUGGCAGCCAGGAUGGCAGUUUCUGCAGAACCCCAGAAGCUGGUAUACCUGAUCACAGGUGGCUGUGGCUUCCUGGGGGAGCACGUGGUGCGACUGUUGCUACAGCAGGAGCCGCGGCUGCAGGAGCUGAGGGUCUUUGACCUGCAUCUGGGUCCCUGGCUGGAGGAGCUGAAGACUGGACCUGUGCUGGUGACUCCCAUCCAAGGUGACGUGACCCAGGCCCAUGAGGUGGCAGCGGCUAUGGCUGGAGUCCAUGUGGUCAUCCACACAGCCGGACUCGUGGACGUGUUUGGGAAGGCCAGUCCCCAAACCAUCCAUGAGAUCAACGUGCAGGGCACACAGAAUGUGAUUGACGCUUGUGUGCAGACCGGAACACAGUUCCUGGUCUACACGAGCAGCAUGGAAGCUUUGGGGCCCAACAACAAAGGCCAUCCGUUCUACAGGGGCAACGAGGACACCCCGUAUGAGGUAGCCCACUCACACCCCUAUCCUCGCAGCAAGUCCCUAGCUGAGAAGCUGGUUCUGGAGGCCAAUGGCAGGAAGGUGCGUGGGGGGCUGCCCCUGGUCACAUGUGCCCUGCGCCCCACUGGCAUCUACGGUGAAGGACACCAGAUCAUAAAGGACUUCUACAGCCAGGGCCUCCGCAUGGGGGGGCGGCUCUUCCGGGCCAUCCCAGCGUCUGUGGAGCACGGCCGGGUCUAUGUGGGCAACGUGGCCUGGAUGCACGUGCUGGCGGCCCGGGAGCUGGAGCGGCGACCCGCCCUGAUGGGGGGCCAGGUGUACUUCUGCUACGACAAGUCGCCCUAUAAGAGCUACGAGGACUUCAACAUGGAGUUCCUGGGGCCCUGUGGGUUGCAGCUGGUGGGCACCCGGCCGCUGCUGCCCUACUGGCUCCUGAUAAUCCUGGCUGCCCUCAAUGCCCUCCUGCAGUGGCUGCUGCGGCCGCUGCUGCUCUACACGCCGCUGCUGAACCCCUACACGCUGGCCAUGGCCAACACCACCUUCACCGUCAGCACCGACAAGGCUCAGCGCCACUUUGGCUACACGCCUCUCUUCUCCUGGGAGGACAGCCGGGCUCGUACCAUCCGCUGGGUGCAGGCCUCGGGGGACCGGUCAGCGCGGCCCAGCCCAGGCCCCUGAGCGCUUAAAGCCUAGAGGACAGCGGGGCUGGAGCGAUAGCACAGUGGGUAGGGCGUUUGCCUUGCACGCGGCCGACCCGGGUUCGAUUCCCAGCAUCCCAUAUGGUCCCCUGAGCACUGCCAGGAGUAAUUCCUGAGUGCAAAACCAGGAGUAACCCCUGUGCAUCGCCAGGUGAGACCCAAAAAGCAAAAAAAUAAAUAAAUAAAUAAAUAAAAUAAAAUAAAGCCUAGAGGGCAGGAGGCUGCCGCCCACAUCCUCGCCCCCCGGACCGGGGCCAGGGCUGGGAGGGCAGAGGCCCCCCGGCCUCCUCGCUCGGUGCUCACCCUCUCCGGACCCGGAGACAUUCUUCACCCUCAGACGGACCCUUCAACGCCCUCCGGGAGGAGACGCACAUAUUUUCGUGCCCCUUCCUGCAAGCGUUUAGGGACUGUCUGAAGAUGCCGUGUCAGUCCCUCUCCCGGCCCGGCAUUAAACCUGCUGACCCAGGCCCUCGUUGCCCGGUCCCUGUCCGCUCGCGCCACCUCCCCCGUGUGCGAAGACCCCCCACCACGGCGCCCGUCCCUCGCGGGGACAAGGAAGUGAGUACACGGCACACCCGCUGUUGGAUUGGUUGCUAUUUCUCCCGUCCCACGGGCCCGGCCCGGCCCGGGCUAGGGUGGGGGGGCUCCGGGGACAGGACAUGCAGGCUGGGGCAGGGGGCAGAGUUUUCCUGUUUGAUCCAUUUGCAACUUGGUCACCAAUAGAGAGAAAUGGGACUCUGAGGGCUCACAGGAGGAGGAGGCCUGGCUCUGGGCCCCUGGCCAGGCCCCAGGAGUCCUGUCCCCUCUGGGGAGGAAAGGGAGAGAGCUCUAGAAACCAACGGAGAAACAGAAGGGGCAGGGGCUCAGGUCAGCAAACACGGCUACAUCACGUGACACGCCAGCGACACGGAAACACGCCAACGCACAGGGCUGCACAGCGGGCAGGGGUGGGGUGGGAGGGAGGGCGCUGGGGCCACCUUCAAGUCCUCUGCGGGGCAGCUGGGGGCAGGUGGGUGCCGAGACGGGUCAGGUCCGCACGCUCGGAAGGGUGGCAGGAGCGUGCAGCACCCCGCAGGCACAGGGAGGAAAUCACGGUGGCUUCAUGAGAGCGGGCGAGGGCAGGGGGGGGGGGCGGUGGAGGGGAGAGGGGAGUGAGGGAGGGGGGCUGGCAGCGAGCCCUGGCUAGGCCCGGACCACCCACAGGGCACACAGGGGUCGAUGGUUGGAAGGUGGUCGCACACGCUUGUCCAGAACAUGCAAGAGACACCAGCCCCGAGCAGCACUCCACGAGGCACAGACACCGCGACCAACAAGCAGACACAUCCUCCGAUGUGCGGGCCUAGUAGAAAGCUGGGCUAGGCAGACCCUCAGGGAGCCUCUGGUCUAACUGAGGCCCAGAGAGAUGGGCGGUUACACACGCAACACCUGGGGGUGGUGGUGGGUGGGGGGGAGCAGCAUCGUCCCGGCCUCUGCCCUCUCCUGGUGACCCGGAAACACCUGGGCCUGAGAGGGUGUCCUGGCUGGGAGGCCGGAAGGAAAGCGGGGGUGGGGUGGGACCUGCUCUGGUGUCCCCCGGGAAGCCUGAGAUGGGGGCAGAAGGGCUGCAGUCAGACACGAGGGGGGACUUCCUGUCCUGCAGAUGGACAUUCUGGAGAUGGACGGGCAGGUCCCCCCCGCCCCAGGACAGCCUGCAGUAGGACAGGAACGAGGACUCUGUUCCAGGUCACUUCUCCAUGGUCUCACUCGCACAGAUUCACACUAGCAAACAUGCACACACAUGAAGUGGGACUCUGCACAGUCUCCCCCCACCCCCGCCUCAGCCCCGUCCUUCCCCCAUGCACACCCGCGCCUAACCCAGGGCAAGGCAGACUCCUGUCGUGGUGCUCAAGGCUUCCGCUGGGGGUCUGUGUUGCUGGGUGUCCAACAGUGUCCGCUCCCCGCCUCCCGUGUGUGUGGGGUCUGUAGCGGGGAGCGGCGGCCUUUCCUCGCCGUCAGAAACGCAGGCCUGAUUCCUACCCUGGCUCUGGCCCCAGCAGGUGUGCGCUCGGGGCCGUGUCCAGGGCCUGCCCGCAUGGCCAAGGCCACCAGGCCCCUCUGGAACUUGUGCAAUCAGCAAGUGCUGCAGCAGCGCCCCGAGCACCCGGCGGCGGCGGGCCCGGCGUGGCCUCCCCCGGUUCCCCGGGAGCUGGAGCACGGCAGGAACGCGCUGAUUUCCCAUCAGCCGCGGGCAGCCUGGAUGCCCAGGAACGCCCUCCCAGGGGGGCACAGAGCCCGGGGCUGCGGGCGUAUGCUCCAGGCCUCCUCGCCUGGCACACACGAGCACGCUGAGAGGCACCGGUUUCAGAGCACAGCGGAGCCAGGCAGCAUGUGGCCCGGUGGGCACCAGACCCCUGAGACUCGCAGGGCAGAAAGCUACUGUGGCACAAUGAAGAUGGCGCAAGUGUGUGUGGCCGCCGGUGGCAGGGGCAGGGGCCGGUAAAUCUGGGAAACCCACCUGGAGGGGGCAUGAACCUUAACAGUGUGUGUGCAAACACAUGGGGCAGACACGCUAUGUAGGAAGCCUCUACACGCACGCGCACACACACACGCACAAGCACUCCAGAUAACAUAGAAAUAUAGAUUUCUCU